AUGACCCAACUAAACAAUCAAUUCGAUGUGUAUCUUCAGAAUAUACGGGAUCUCAAGCUACGCAAUAUCUUGCCGACCAGUCCUCCAGGAAAUGAUCCCUCCGCGGUUGACAAUGAGGCCAUAGCGCCAGGUGAAAGAAGCAAGAGACCGUUAUUUGUGCUAAACCUCACAUUAAUAAUUUGGGCCGUGGCUAAUGGUAGUUUGGAGGAUGUUCACACUGCUUGUGUAGCUCGAAGAGGGAAUCGGGGCAGUGAAAACAGACUGGUGUCUCCUACACGAGCCGAGGUGGAUCAAGCCCAUUUACGCGGUAAAUCCCUGAACAUCGGAGUCCCCAGCCUCCGCAAUCUGCUUCAUAUAUCACGAGUUCGGCUCAUUCUAUGCUUGGUACUGCUUGUCACUUCGCUUCCACUGCAUAUAUUUUAUAACUCGGUCAUCUCCACUGCACUCGGCGCUUAUCAGUAUCGAGUUGUUCUCACUACGCCAGAACAACUCCAAGUUGGCAGCAAUCCAAAUUUCGCCUAUAUGCGAGACCAUCUAACGAGCCACAAACGCCUAGAACCUCUUGAAUGUCUGGAAAGCUAUCCGGUAGAGCAUACUAUGAACCGAGCGGACGUCAUUGUUGUACUAGAAGACUAUACUUCUCACGAAUUCCUCGAGAAGAACUUUUCACAAGUUAUAGAAUCUGGCAAUGGAGGAUACGGGGGCGACUAUAGCUGGCAAUGUUGCUUCCCCCUUCUUGAGUAUAUGAACGACCAGUAUGCCAUUGCUAGCUUCUUGGAAGACCCCGAUCCAGAAACUAUACACGCGUCUGGUCUGUUUAACAAACGUGAAAAGCAGCGCAAGCUCCGACAUAACUGCUUGUACCAGUCAAUGAGCAAGGCGCGGCGCACGUGGUUCCUAACAGUGUGGCUGACUGUCCUUGUGAUCGCGAUUGGCGGAGUACUGAGUGUAGUAUUUAUGCUGACAGGGCUACAACGUCUUGGUCUGAGUUCCUUCGAGAACCUUGAAGAGAGGAACUCAGAUGCUAUGUGGAGUACCAUAGGAUUUGGGGGGAGUGAGACGUACAACCGUUACCCAGUUAUUCCGAUGCUCCUACUAGCAAACACCCCACAGCUUGUGUUGUCGCUGCUCUAUCUUUUGUAUAACAGCACCAUUACGAGCAUGUUACUAAGUAGGGAAUGGAACCAGAUAGGACACAGACGUAAAAGUCUGCGGGUCACAGUUCCCAGCGGCGAGCAACGCUCGACUUACUAUCUAUCGAUGUCCCUGAAAUGGGCCUUUCCCCUGAUGGCCAUAUCGGCUCUUCUGCACUGGCUUCUCUCCCAGUCAAUAUACCCGGUAAUGACAUACGGCUACGAGCUCAACCCUGAUGGGACUCCAGUCCGCCUAAAAGAUCAAACGGUCACGAGCUGCUCUUAUUCCACAGGCGCGAUGAUACUAGUUGUAGCAACUCUAAUCAUCGCUACAAUCCUCUUCGUGGUUAUGGCAAGACGCCGCUUGAAACCUGAGAUGCCGGUGCUUGCGGUGUCGAGCUGGGUCGUUUCAGCCGCCUGCCAUUCGCCCGAGGGGGACACGGAUGCUGCUGUUAAGGCCGUGCAGUGGGGGGUGCCUGUGUCGCCGAUGGCGCAGGAGACUGGAAUAGAAGGACCGGAAGAGGAUGCGUGUGAGCACGAAGAUGCAGGCUUGUGGGCUCCCCAGAUGAAGGAUUAA